AUGCUGCAACUCAACCUCGUCGAGGCUUCGAUUGAAGACAUACACAAUGCUCUCAACUCGGGCUCAAUAACCAGCGUUGAGCUGGCUGCCCGCUAUCUCCGUCGCAUAAGCACGUACGACUGCCGCAACACAUCACUGAACUCCAUCCCGGUUCUGAACAACAAGCUGUUUGAAGAAGCAGCCGAAUCUGACGACAGGCGCGCAUCAGGUGCACCAGUGCGAGCGCUCGAGGGUAUACCUUAUACCGUCAAGGAUAGCUAUAAAGUCAAAGGGCUUGUCGCCGCAGCUGGAUCGCCCGCAUUUAAAGACCUCACCGCCAAUGAGGAUGCUUUUCUAGUUGAGAAGAUUCGGGAAGCAGGUGGCGUUUUAGUAGGCCGGACGAACAUGCCAGCGGUUGCGUGCGGUGGUAUGCAAAGAGGCAUUUGGGGGCGGGCGGAGAACCCCUGGAUUCGCGUCGGGUUCUUCAAACGGGUCUGCGGUCUCUACAGCGGCGUCAUUCGCAUCUUUUGGACUCGGCGGAGAGACGGUGUCCUCUGGGAGGUCACCCGCCUCUAA